CGAUCCGGAUGUUGCAAGAAGUCAUUUUUCCCGUAGUGAUUGGAUAAGUAUGGAGCUAAGGGGGUACCAGGCGGGCAAGGCGACCUCGGUACCAAAACCCCUAUAAGGUACCAAGCCGGCCGGCGAGACUGACUUGGUGGCCAGGCAACCGGGGGGGGGGGGGGGGGGGGGGGGGGGGAAGCCAGGUACCAACUAAGAGAGUCAUAAAGAAACUAAGUCUGGGUAUCAAGCCGACAAGACGGACUUGAUAGCCAAACAUCACGGUAUCAAGCCAAACAGCUAUGGAUGGAUCGGCCAGGAUGCAGAGUUCAGCCCUUAUGGGGCCAUAUGGAGACAAAUUCCCAAGACGCCCUUGGUAGCACCUCAACGGGGUACCAAACCGGCAGGGUGCAGCUUACCAACCUGACGAAACUACAAAAAACUAAGUAUGGAUACCAAGCCACCAGGGUGGCAGGGUUGGCUUGGUAGCAAGGGGUGUCAAGUUGAUUACAUUGGCUUGGUGGCAUGCCGGAAGGUAUCAAGCCGAUGAGACGGCUUGGUAACAACCAACAAGUUCAUGAGGAGGGUAUGGUGUCAUUGAGGUGGUAGCGGUCUCAAGAUGACAAGAGUGGGGAGUCAUCAAGCAGUCAAGGUUGAGAUCAAGACCUCGUCAUGGUUCAUGGAGGCUAAGGUAAGAGCCUCAACCCCAUCCAGUUAUGACAGGGCGACAAGGCUCAACACCAACCCGACCCGGCAUCGAGGCCAUCAAGUACCCACCAACCCCAAGACGGGACAAGGGCCUCCAAGGCGAUGGAUAACAACCAGUCAACAAGACGGGUCUAGGAGCUCUAAGGCAAUGGAGGUGAAGACCAAGACAACGGUUACCAAUUGGCGAUCAAGGCAACGAAAAGGGGUCCCUAAGGCGGUUGGAGCAACAAGCCUGCUAGCAGUUACCAAGGCAGUUACUCCUAGUGGCUAUAAAUAGGAGAAACGAAGACAGGAAAAGGGUUCCACAACCAACCAUUUGACACACUAUUUCAAACUUUUAUCUUUUCUCUGCAAAUUAGCCCUAGCCUUAGUUUUCGGAGCUCUCACUGAAUCUCCAUAGGAGUAGGUGUAAUUAACUUAGCUUGUUUCCAAAAAACCAUCAAAAACAUCAAACACCCUCGUUCGAAUAUUGUUCGGAGAGGAGUGAACCGUGUUUAGAAUCGUUGUUCAAGAAGUCAAAGGUGCAUUUAUUGAGUUCAAACACCAGAUUUUCCUCGCCAGAAAACUCCAACACAAAAUUCAUAAACGAAGAAAAUGAUUAGUGGACUCAACCGACACAUUUUUUAUCGAAUGAUUAUAACCUCAGAAUUUAAUCAAAGAGUUCAUAUAUAAUGUGCAACUUUCCUCCCAUGUGUACUCUCCUCCCUUUGCAAAUUAUUGCUCCUUUUUUCCCCUGUUAAUGAUAUAAUAAUAUCAUUUUCACACAUUAUUAAUUGUCAGAUGAAGUUGCAAUAUAUAAACGAAAAGGUAGCGUUGUUAUGAUAGACACAUAUGCAUGUUGGAAGAAUUGGAGGCAAACCAUUAUUAUUACAUUACAUUCCGAACAUACGUAGCAUGGGCAUUUUUCACACAAACGUCUUAUAUAGCUUAUCUUACUAAUAUCUAUACGCAUGAAUAAUGACGGCAAGUGUCCAAAUACAAAUGGAAAUAGAAAAAAUUUAUAUAUAAUUCAUUCACAACAACACACUUAUAUAUAAUUGUACGCAUAAUCGCAAUUCAUCAGAGCUUGGAGGAGGGGGCGUUGCGGGUGUCGGUUGAGAGCUUGAUGAGAUUCCUCCUGAGGAUUUUGCCAGAGGGAUUUUUGGGUAUUGCUGAUAUGAACUCCACUUCUCUUACCUUCUUGUAAGGAGCAACCUGUAGCACCAUCAUUGUUAUUGCAUACACACGUUUUUCAUUCUCCAAGUUAGUAUCCAGAAUGGCUCAAUUAUACAUGGUGGAGGGGUCAACUAAUUACGUAGGGCUUGAAAACGAGUUGCCAGUGCAAAAUAAUGCAUGCAUGGGUCAGGAUAGUUAUUGUGUUUGUGUUUCCCGUGUAUAUAUAUAUAUAGAGACGUAUGGGAAAAAGAAAGUGAUCAAGCAAACAAAGAAAGAAAAAUCUGUUGUCAUUGGUGUUAAAACAAUAAGUCAAAUUAUAAGGUUUUAUUGGAUUCCAAAAAUGAGUAAAAAUACCAAUAAUUUCAUUUGUCGGUUUAAUAAAUUUCCGCUAAUGCA